CCAAGCUGAAGAUAUGUUUUUCUGACUUAUCGAAUAUAAAUCGUUUGACAGCUUAGCCCUCACAUCUCUAACGCUAAAUAAAAACACAAAAAUAGAAACAUCUUACGAUAUGAAGACGAAUUCACCAGCUCUUAAAUACCUUUUGGAGAAGGAUGUCCAGGUGUCCAAGCAUUUCGUUAGAGCCGUCUCCAACCUGUCUGUAUUUAAAUCCCUGCGGUUGCAUAGCCAAAUCCUAGAGAUAUCCUGCCAUGGCGUUGCCUGGUUUGCCUCCUGGAUUGCCUUUAUAUGGCUGGUCAGCUCGAAGAGCCUGUACCAGAUGCAAGUGAACAUGCUUUUGGGUCUAGUACUCGAUGUUGUGGUCGUGGCUGUGCUGAAGGCGCUCGUUCGGCGCAGAAGACCGGCUGCCAACAAGGAUAUGCUGGCCAUAGGACCCGAUAAGUUCAGUUUUCCCUCCGGCCACUCCUCCAGGGCGUUCUUCGUACUCCUGUUCUUCACCAAGCUGUAUCCCCUGCACAUUAUAUUCCUGCUACCGGUCACCGCUUGGGCUGUGAGCGUCGCCAUCUCGCGACUAAUUCUGCAACGUCAUUAUGUCUUGGAUAUUUGCGCUGGAGCAGUAAUUGGGGUUCUUGAGGCCUUGAUCAUUGGAUUCCUGUGGGUCAGCGAGGAAACCGCAUUCAGCAUAGUUGGCUUCGUUUCGGAGGAGACUGUCGAUAGUAUGGAGUAACCGAAGUUGGACUUUGGUUAGUCUUGUAUUCCCGAAAGCUAUAGAUUAUCUCUAAAUCAUUUCUUGUUCCCUUACCAAAAACAUUGUUAAUAAUUAGUAUAAAUGCUUAAUUGUUAUUUUGGUUUUAAAUUAAAAAAAAGUGAAUAUGUUUAGUGACCCUUCA